AGGUAAUACAUUACUAAUGCAAAUAUUUAAUUUGUUUCUGCAGCUUGAUUACAGCAACACUGGCAAUACACACCAAAAAUAUCAGUAGGAGAAACUAUUGCUGUUGGAAUACUGAUAACCAAGAGAUUACUGAACGUGAAAUUUACAGCGCAAGUACCUGAGUGUUCCGCAACAUUCACAUCACCUGCCCAGAUUUCUUUAGGACGUAUUAACAUAACCAAAGAGAUCUUGGAUUUAUCAAACUCACCAAAAUAGUUUGUAACAAUGAGUGAAUUCUGGUUAUGUUUUAACUGCUGUAUUGCAGAACAACCACAGCCAAAAAGGCGAAGGCGGAUAGACAGGAGUAUGAUCGGAGAGCCAACAAAUUUUGUUCACACGUCACACAUGGGGGCCGGAGAUAUGUUUGGGGAUCGAAUGAGCUCCAUGAUUGAUGUACAUGGCCAAAUGCAAUCUAAAGGUGGCUACAGUGACACAGUGCCAAUUAGUAUUCAAACAAUGCAACUUAUCGAUACUGCAGCGGCAUAGUGUUAUUUGACUAACUAGUUGCAUAACUCGGGUAAAUCCAUUAAUUCCUCUGUCUUCCUUAAAGUAUUCAUCUGAAUCAUUGCCUCUCCCUGUCAACUAAGCCAAGAUGAAGUUUUUGCUUUGAGUAUUAAAGGACUUUGCAUUGUGUUAAAGGUGACCACAUUCCUUCCAGAGAAACCUGUUGCUCCUCUUACCAGCUUAGAUGUACAGAGAAACCGCUCCUUGUAUUUCUUGAACUGAACUGUAUGUUUUUUUUGUAAGAUUGCCUGAAUCAAUAAAAUUGAAGAUGUUUUUGGCAA